CCCGAUUAGACCUGGUCCAACUUGGGUAUACAAAAUAAUUACGCCGUACGGUACUUGUAGUGGUAUAGCCCCUUGACAAUUUCAUCACUGUCUCACAGCACUAUUGCUUUGUCUUGGAGCCUUGACAUGUAGUAGCUUAAAACUUCGUUAAAAGUGCGUUUGUCCCGAUAAUGCUUCUCCCUUGAGUUUGGAGGGUGGACUAGCUGAUUAGGACCACCAUGGACGACGGUGAAUCAAUUAGCGUUAGGUUUAGACACACUGCUGGAGACCUCGGGCCGUUUACGUUUACAGAAGCGUCUAGCGUGCAGGCGCUAAAGGACAAGGUGUUUGCAGAGUGGCCCAAAGAUGGCCUAUGGUCAAAGGAACCCCCUGGGCAGUCCGCUGACGUUCGGCUUAUUCUGUCGGGGAAAUUCCUGGACAGCGCGAAGCAGCUUAGAGAGUACAAGCGAGAUAUGGGGGAGGUCAAGCCCGACACCGUGGUGACCAUGCUCGUGCACAUCAGGCCGCAACCACCUCCAACUAAGCAGCAAGGGAUACAAACGCCGCAAAAGCAGGAGCAGAAGCAGGGUUGCGGGUGUACGAUUUCAUAAGGCGCACCAGCGCGACGCGUGGACUGGCAGCCGCAGCUACGUGGCCCUAGGGACCUGCAGGUUACGCCCCGCAUGCCGCUAGCAGGCAGCGGAGCAAGCAGCACGGGGGUAGCCCGGGACUCGGCAACUAGGAGGGCGAGCUUCACUGAUGCAGGGUUCAGCCCUUUGCAGCACGGACUGGGCAGAUACAUUUAAGACAUGACUGACGCGUGGCGCAGCAUGCACAGCUUGAUACGACCGCGCUACGCAUGUUUACACCGCCUUGGAGAAGGUGGGGAUUAGCAGACUUGUGGACGCGGACCAAGGACCUAUUAGGUGGAGCGUGUGGGCAGACAAUUCAGGCUGUGCCUGUGGGCACCAGCUCGAGUGCUCAACCCUCCUUAACCCCAAUUAGAGUAUUCAUUGUGGGCCUCGCCACAGGUGUGAGGUCGUGAACCGGUGGACGAGCUAGUUGACGUGCACCUGGCACCUGGGGGUUGUCUAGAUCGUCUGGGAGCAUAGACCGCAUGCAUGGUAGGUGGCUACUGUACCCCAGAGUAGCCGAUGGGAAGGGUGGUUGACAAGCAGAAAUUGUCGUGAGGUACGGAGGUGCUACAUAGGCCAUGUGCCAUGGGCUACCGCUGAUGAGAGAGUUACUAGUUCAGUCGGAUGGGGGUUCCUGCCUCCAGGGCCUGAACCCUAGCUAAGGGUGGUUGUGCGUGAUGUUACCGUUUAUGAGUUUGGACUGUUGGGGCCACCGACGGUUCUUUAUCUUAGUUAAAAACAACUUGUUCUGCUUGAAGCACUCCCUACUAUUUGCUGACCGAGGGCAUGCCAUGGGUAAGAGAGGUUGAGAGGGUUUGCUUCCCUGCUUCGGCUGGCACCCAAGACUAGAACAUUUGGAGGAAGUUUUUUAUUCAGGCAUAUAGCUGUUUCUAUAGGGUUCUUGCCCAAUCUAUUGACCGCCUUGAUCAGCUUAGAGAUGGAUGCACGGCACCGACGGCCGGCGGACGUAAAAACCCUGCAACGUUAUGUAACAAAUCCUGGAUGCAUAUAUCAUACUUUAUUAUCUCUAUCCUCUGGACGCAUCGCACACUUUCUUGGCUAUUAAGUUCGCAGAGAGCUUUUGUGCUGAUUGCCCGGUCUUCGGCGCCGGCUAGUGAGCCCUAGCAAACGUAAAAGCCCGAACAAACAUUAGCAAUGUCAGCGCUGGUUGCUCAGCGAGCUGUGGUAUUGGGGCAGGCUUCUAGACGCCCGGCUUGUCAGAGGCAUCAUCCAUUUACCCCUUGCAAGCAGUCGCCUCUUGCCGCGCGGUCAUGGCGGCGAGUCGCUUGCCAGUCAGCAGAGAACUCGCGUGUUGAGGUUGCGACUGCUGAUGCGCCCGUUAGCAACGGUGUCGUCCAGAAUGGAGCAGAGCCCCAGCAAGCGAUGCAAGCAAGCAACGGGACAGCGGCCGCUGCUGUGGCAGCAACUCCCGCGCCUCCAGCUCAAGUGGGCGUCAAGAUUCAGCCUGCGCUUAUAGCUGUGGGCCUGGGUCUAGCCCUUCGCUUCCUGGUGCCCAUUCCAGCGGGCAUCACGGCACAGGCCUGGAGCCUGCUGUCCAUCUUCGUGUCCACCAUCCUGGGUCUGGUUCUGGACCCGCUGCCGGUGGGCGCCUGGGCCUUCAUGGCGGUCACGGUGGCGGUGGCAACAAAGACACUCACCUUUGCGGAGGCCUUCGCGGCCACCACCAACGAGAUCAUCUGGCUCAUCGUGGUGUCGUUCUUCUUCGCAAAGGGCUUUGAGAAGACGGGUCUGGGCGAGCGCAUCGCCACCCUCUUCGUCCGCGCGCUGGGCCACUCCACGCUGGGCCUCUCCUUCGGCCUCAACGUGGCGGAGGCGCUCAUGGCGCCCGCCAUGCCCUCCACCUCGGCCCGCGCGGGCGGCAUCUUCGUGCCCAUCAUCAAGAGCCUGGCCGCCACCGCCGGCAGCCACCCGGGCGACGACAGCCGCCACAAGAUGGGCGCCUACCUCAUCAACUCGCAGUUCCAGACCGGCAUCCACUCCACCUCCUUCUUCCUGACGGCCAGCGCGCAGAACCUGCUGUGUCUGAAGCUGGCGGGCGAGCUGGGCGCGGUGGUGCCCAACCAGUUCAUGACCUGGGCGGCGGGCGCCUUCGUGCCGGCGGCGGUGGGCAUGGUGCUGACGCCGCUGGUGCUGUACAAGAUGCAGCCGCCGACCAUCAAGGACACCCCGGAUGCGCCCGCAGCGGCAGCGGAGCGGCUCAAGGCCAUGGGCCCCAUGUCCCGCGACGAGACCAUCAUGGCCGCCACCAUGGGCGCCGCGCUGGUGAUGUGGAUGUUCGGCGAGCAGCUGGGCAUCACCCCCGUGCUGGCGGCCAUGCUGGGGCUGUGCGGGCUGCUGUGCACCGGGGUACUCACCUGGCGCGAGUGCCUCAGCUACACGCCGGCGUGGGACACACUGUGCUGGUUCGCGGUGCUGAUCGGCAUGAGCGGGCAGCUCAACAGCAUGGGCGUGAUCAGCGUGUUUGCGCAGGCGAUGGGCAAGCUGCUGACGAGCCUCAACAUGGGCUGGAUGCCGCUGUUCGGCCUGCUGCACGUGGCCUUCUACGGCAUCCACUACAUGUUCGCCUCGCAGACGGCGCACGUGGGCGCACUGUACAGCGCCUUCUGCGCCAUGAUGUUGGCUGCGGGUGUCCCCCCCGUGCUGGCCGCCAUGUCUCUCGCCUACUCCAUCAACCUCUUCGGCUCCAUCUCGCACUACGCCAGCGGGCAGGCGGCCGUGUUCUACGGCUCCGGCUACCUGCGGCUGAACGAGGUGUUCGGCAUGGGCGCGGUGUGCGGCUGGGGCGGCCUGGCCAUCUGGGCCGUUGUGGGCAUGCCCAUCUGGAAGAUGCUGGGCUGGUGGUAAUGUAGCAGCGGGUUAGGGGAGGAGCAGCACAGCAGGGGGAGGGGGAGGAGGCUGGAAAGGUGCUAGGGCUGCGGUGAAGAGGAAAUGGUUGAGAAGGUGUAGGCUUUCUUUGGAAGCUGAUGGAGGCUUUAGGGGUGGAGCGUGUUGAGAAACCUGUGAGCUGGAACGCCGGUGUGGCUGUCUUAGCGGGAGUACUUCGGUGGUUGCGGGGGGUUGCUGGCAGCGCUGCCUGCCGGUGGUUGGCAGGGUUGCUGCAGCGGUGAUGAAACAACCUAGUCUGCAGCUGUAUUACACUACUCGUAUGUGGGCUGCUGGGGCCUGAGCUCCUCCUCCUCUUGUUUGCAAGAGGAGGGACGGGGACAGGCCGCGAAGACGCCUCUCGAAAAGAGACCUCUUUUGAUGUGAUAGCGGGGCCCAGAUUGGCCGCUGGAUUCCCCUUCUGGUGGUUUGUGAAGUCGUCUAGUGAGCAGGAGAGGAGCUGGAGCGGUGAGAGCGCGAGAGGGGUGUUUGGUGUGCUGUUUGAGACCCAGGCCCCUCAAACAGCAAGCGCGUCAAGAGCGGGGAUGCGAGUGCAUGCGUGCGUGCGGCUUUGUGUGGAAGCUUAAGCGUUGUGAGCAACUCAAGCGCGAUGACCGGGUCGUUCGGUUUUUUUCAACUCGAACAACCGGAUCUGGGUAUCAUGCGUUCGUUGCCGCUUGUAUGCGAGGAUGUGUGGCGUGUGUGUGCGUGGCCUUGUGUCCGCAAGUUGGCUUAUCUGUAUGUGUGUAUGUCUGGCAUUAGGCGUGUGCAAUCAUGGUGUGUACGGUACUCGGUCAAAGCGGCUUCCGCGCACUCGCUGCCUGGGGUCGGCUUUGUUAAUAAGGUCGGCCUCUAGGUUGCGUUUGCCGUCUUAGUCGUCACGGUAAAAAUCUCUUGGCUCUUUCCGCCACGUAACCUUGCUGAAUGUGGUCGUUUAGGCCGUAUUAUCAAAGUGUGUGUUCGUACGGUGUGGGAAAUGCCGUACGUUAAGGUCAAAACACGUAUGCUGCACAUUGCCGCUUGUAUCGUUUCGCAGCUCAGUCGCUUAUGAAUUAAGACAAACGUUACACGCUUCAGGUGCUUCUGUACGGCACUCGUGUGCGUCUAUAGUUGUACGGCAGGGCUUGCAUGUGCCUAUGUAUGUGGGCACACACACAUGCAUCCGGCCUGGGUCUGAUGUUGGGAAUGUGGUUGUCUUGCCGAAAGUACGGCACAUGUGAGGUACGGCGUGCGUGGCGAGCGUGACAAUGUCUUUGCCGAGGCCACCCGCCCUACUCGCUAGCCUCGUGCGCAGCAACGCGCCAUGCUUGGGGCACAGGUACCGGUAGGGCGGCCUCGUCCUCGCUUUGAGCGGUCUGGGGUAUGCCCCUUGUUACAUGUUCUCUGUUUAUGAAUGCGACAACCCGGAAGUCGUGCGGUUCUUGACCGUGUUGGCUGCGUAUGGAGGGCCGCGGGCAGGUGCAUGUGGGCAGAUCGCAGAUGUCACCGCCUGCCUUGGUAGUGGGUGGUAGGCAUUGGUGGUAGUUUCGCCGUGAAACAAGGCAUGGGUUAGGGGUUGAUAGCUGUGUAAGGUGUGCCUUC